AUGAGCUGGUGGUGGGCGGGCGCGGUGGGCGCCGUCAAGAAGAGCCAGGAGGAGCGCACCGAGCUCUCCUUCCAGAGCGUCGCCCUCGUCAUCGGAUCCACCGGCAUCGUCGGCACAUCGCUCGUCGACAUACUCCCGCACGACGACACCCCCGGCGGGCCCUGGAAGGUGUACGCCGUCUCCCGUCGCCCGCUCCCUCCCUGGUCCCCGCAGCCCUCCCCCGCCGUCACGCAUCUGCUCCUGGACCUGGCCGACCCUGUCGCCGUGGCGGAGGCCCUCAAGCCGCUCACCGACAUCACCCAUGUCUUCUACGCUGCGUGGUCCAGCCACCCGACGGAGGCUCAGAACCGGGAGGCCAACUCCGCCAUGCUCCGGAACGUGCUCUCCGUCCUCGUCCCGGGCUGCCCCGCGCUCGCCCACGUCUGCCUCCAGACCGGCCGCAAGCACUACAUCGGCCCGUACGAGGCCAUCGGCAAGAUCCCCGUCCCAGACCCGCCCUACACCGAGGAUAUGCCCCGCCUCGAUUACCCCAACUUCUACUACGACCAGGAGGACGUCCUCUUUGAGGAGGUCUCCCGCCGCGACGGCGCCGUCAGCUGGUCUGUGCACUGUCCCUCCGUGGUCUUUGGGUUCUCUCCCCGGAGCGCCAUGAAUGUCGUGGCCAGCCUAUCCGUCUAUGCCGCCAUCUGCCGCAAGGAGGGCGCCAUGCUGAGGUGGCCUGGGAGCAGGGUUGCAUGGGAGCGCUUCAGCGACGCCUCCGACGCGGAUCUUGUCGCCGAGCAGGAGAUCUGGGCAGCCGUCGAUCCGUUGGCAAGGAACGAGGCUUUCAAUUGCAGCAAUGGAGAUUUAUACAAGUGGAAGCAGCUCUGGCCGAUGGUGGCUGACCGAUUCAGGGUGGAGUGGGCGGGAUACGAGGGAGAGGACAGCCGGUUCAUGCUCGCCGACGCCAUGGCCGGGAAGGAGGCGGUGUGGGCAGAGAUCCUCCAGGAGAACGAGCUUGUCACGACUGAGCUCCAAGAGAUUGCCAAUUGGUGGUUCCUCGAUGCCGUGUUCAAUGUCAAGUGUGAGCAUUUGGAUAGCAUGAACAAGAGCAAGGAGCAUGGAUUCCUUGGAUUCCGUAACACGGCCAAGUCCUUCAACGCAUGGAUUGAUAAGAUGAAGGUUUUGAAGAUUGUUCCAUGA